ACACACUUACUGGCUAAUUAGAUGUUGCGUUGUAUAAUGGCGGCCCUGAAGCUCUGGUGGGCUCUUUUCUUCUUCUCCUUUUGCUUCUUCUCCACUCCUGUCUCCUCUCAGAGCUCCUGUCAAACUACAGAGAAUGUGACCAUAAGGCCUUCGAGAGAUAGGAACGACAGAGGGCUAGAUGACUAUUUUCGAAGACUGGAAGGCUUAGCUGAAACCAUUAACCGUGACGAUGGUUUCUACUGCAGCAACGUGACUAUUGAGCCAGCCGUUUAUAUCUUGACUAGAGAGUAUAGCCUUGAGGGUUUCAGUGUUAGUAUGAGAGCUACAGGUCGUGUGGUUGUGGUCCUUGGCAGAGGAAGGGACAGUACUGGUGAGCUGACACUGGAGUUUGAGGAAACGAGCUAUGUUGAAUUUAUAGGCAUAAAUUUUGAUGGUGGACCUGGUUAUAUUGAGUUUGAGAAAGUCACUCAAGUAACAAUACAGGGUAGUAUAUUUAGACAGUUCAGAGAGGGGACACUUGAUUUCAUUGACUGUGAGAGCAUUACUAUUGAGAACACUGUAUUCAAUAACAAUGGUGGCCCCAUUAUCGGCCGCAUAAGAACUUUUCAAGGCGGAGCUGGCGGUCUCUCAGUCCAGUACUCUGAUGUGUUUACCAAGAGGCCAAGGUUCUUAAUCAGAAACGUUACUUUCAUGUCCAACAUGGCCGGCCUUAAUGCGAACCUAACCAGUACUGGUUUUACUGAAGUUACGUCAGGUGAUUCUUACACAGGGCGAGGAGGAGCGAUCUUUCUUUUACUACAAAAUGAAAUGCCCGUAGAAGGUGUUAUAGAGAACUGCCGAUUUACUAAUAACAGUGCUGCCUUAUAUGGUGGGGCUGUGUAUGUAGCUUUUAACUCUGUAUCAAAUCACCAGGUCUAUAUCACCAAUUCUGUAUUUCGUCAAAAUUAUGCCGAAUUGGCAGGCGGGGCAGUCUUUAUGUCUUAUCAAGUAGGCGGAGAUGACGAACAUGUAAACAGCGUUUUUGUAAACGAGUCUCAUUUUAACAGAAACUGGUCACCUUACGGCGGAGCUGUAUACUUCUUUGUGAGUAUUACUGCUGCUGAUGAAGACGGUGAAUUAGGUACUUUUGCUUCUUUUGAAUCGUCUAAUUUCACGAGGAACUUUGCCAGCAUUUAUGGAGCAGCCAUUGGAGCUACAGCAUUGAACCUUUUUGAGAGCAAAGGGGAAACAAGGCCAGGAGAAAUUAGCAAUUGUACAUUCACUGAUAACUUAUCAUCUGAAGGGGCUACCAUUGGCAUAACUAAUUUCCCCUUCUUAUUUAAAGGGACUAAUACUAUUAGCAGAAAUGAGGGACCAGGACUUAUCGUUGUUGGUGUUUUGGUGACUUUUAGUGGUACAAUAUUGUUUACUGAUAAUGAAAUAAAGAACGCCAGCACUGGUGCUCUCCUCUUUUUAAGCAACGGACAAAUUAGACUGAUGAGAUCCACUACUGUUGAAAUAAUAGAUAACAGAGGAGGUUGGGGUGCUGGUAUUGUCCCUACAAUUGCAUUUACUCCCUCGGCCUACACUGAACUAUCAAGGAACCCACUGUGCUCCUUUUUAUACGAGGACACCUCAGUUCCCCCUGACCAAUGGGAGGUUAACAUGACAAUAAAUGAAAACAGAGCUAUUGUUGGUAGUGCAGUGUAUGUUAAUGAUAUACGUCGAUGCUCUUGGGUAGGAGGUACCAGUAACUUCAACAUAAGCCGAGCCUAUCAAUGGAGAUUCAUGAAAAUUGGGCCUAAUAAUGCAAACAGUGCUCGUGUUGGUAAUACUGAGUAUGAUGUUCAGACCCAACCAGUUGACACUGUAGUUGGUUCACAGGGUCGAGAAGAAAGAGUUGAGGGUUUUCCUGGUCAACCAAUAAGAUUGAAUAUAUACUCGACUAGUGAAACUGGUACACGUACUUAUGCUAUAUGGGGCUUUCGGCCGAUUAAUAAUCCUCGCAACUCUGUUAUAUUUGAUCCGUCCGCUGUAUCAGCUAGAGAUAACUUAGAGCGCCCAGUUGAGAUCUAUUACUUUUUAACUGACGAUUCAUUUGAUCUUGAUAAUGUUAGAAUUACAGUCCAAGCAUCUACUCUAUUAACUGAAGAUGAAAGUAAAGUUACUUUUAAUUUAACUUUGAGGUCUUGUCCAGCUGGUACUGUACUCUCCAUAGUUCCUGGCAACACUUAUUAUGGUUGUGCCUGCCAUACAGACAGGACUGAUAUAAACAGCUGUGAAGACAGGACUGUGUAUAUUACUCUCAAUAAAUGGGCUGCUAUCACAGACAAUUCACGUGAUAAGUUAUUCCUCAUAGACUGUCCACCUGGUUACUGCAGGUGUACGCCAUUUCUGAGUGCCAGUCUAAUCAAUACUGGUAUCACUAGCAAUAAUGGAGGCAAUGGAGGAAAUGGAGGAAAUAAUUUUGGUGAUAUACCUAGCGAUUCUUUCAUUACUUGUGAUUAUGUGUUCAAUACUGAUUAUAAUGAUUCUAUAUGCAGCUGUGAUAGAACAGGAGUGUUAUGUGGGCAGUGUAUUAAUCACACUAGUGUUAGCGUCCUGCUGAACAAGUGCACCAGUUGCAGUAAUGCUAACAGUAUUUUUAUUGUUUUAUUAAUUGUGAUUGAUAUUGCAGCUUUUCUUGUUAUGCUGAUAGUAAUGAUACCAAUGAGAGAUUGGUAUAUCUCUUGUAUCUAUUAUCUACAGCUUAUCUCAAUUAUCUCUCUACGCUUUCCUGAAACUUUUGACAGAGUCCAGCCAUAUUUGUAUUAUGCUACCAGUUUACUGAGUUUCUAUUUUCCUUACGACUUCUGUGUUUAUUCCAACACGUCCACCAUUGUUUCUUAUGUAUUAAAAUUCAUUCCAAUGAUGUGUGCAACUAUAGUUAUACCCUCAGUCAGCUUUGUUAGAGAUUGUCUCUUAAAGCGUAAAUUAAAGAGAGUCCCUCAUCAUGGUACCGUGGACAUAUGUCAAGCAAUCUUCAUGCCGGCACUCUAUGCAGCUCUCUCAGUUUUUAACUGUCCUUUAGUUCCCAUUAGUAAUGGAGGUGGCGGAAAUGAUAUAAGACAUGAAUUGCGUUGGUAUCACGAUGGUUCUGUGAAGUGUUUCUCUGGUGGUCAUAUUGGCUUGACUUUCCUUGCGUUGCUAGUUAUAAUUUAUUCUAUUGCUACAACUUUUGUUACCUUUUUAUUCUCACUGGAUAAAUCUGAAAAGCUACACAGGUGCUUUUAUUUUGCAGCUGAGUCUUUACAUGCUCAGUUUAAUGACAAGUAUCCCUAUUGGGGUACCAUUAUACUAAUGAAGAAGAUGGUAUUGGUCAUUCUGCUAGUUGCUAUACCUUCCAAUAUUGGUAUACUAUUGUUAGUAAUUACAGCAUUUGCUGGUCUGGAGAUGUUGCUAGAGCCCUUUAAAACGCUACUAGGCAACAUUGUUAAUGCUUUAAUGGGCUGCCUUGUUUUCAUUUUGCUUGCUCUUACUCAAGUCAGCAAGUUUUUAGAAGAUUAUCAUUACAGCUCCUACGAGACAAUCCAGCCCCUCUCAUCACUGGUUGAUGACAGCGAUCCUAAGUGCAACUUUGAUUUAAGGACCACCACAUUGGUUAAAGUCAUGGCCUUCUUUUAUUAUCUGCCACUUUUGGUUACAAUCGUAUUGAUUAUUGGUAAUGUUAUAUGGACUAUUACAACUAAAUACAUCAAAUAUCGUACCAACAAGAAGAAACGACAUAAAGAAAGAGAGAUGAUCUCAGUACUAACUAGAGUCCCUUCAACCACUGGUAAUGUUGAAAAAGGAAGGACUCUAACAACUACUACGUUCAUUAAGAGAUCAGAGUUAGACCAUACUCCACCAGUAUCACCCAGCAGACUGGAAGAAUCGGUAGAGAUCAAUUGGAAACCGGCCAAGACUAAAAGAAAUAGACUUAGUUUUUUUAAAAACAUGAAAAGAGAACAAGAGACUUCAAUGUAAUAAUUACAUCAUAUCAUCUAUAUGUUCAGUCAUGCUAUAAGUAAAUCAUUAUUAUACCAACAGUUUUUUACAUGAUAUUAAGGAAAACACUGUCUUAAAAUUA